GGUUUCCUUCCGCAUGGUUUUUGGUUGCCGAAUGUCAUAAUGCUGCAUUAAGAAAGUUUGUUGAAUACAUAACCAAAGAGUUUCCUCUAUAUUAUAUCUGUAUUUGCAGCCACACGGAUGACGACCCACAAAUCGCGCAUGUCGGCUUCCGUCCCCUAUACCUCGGUGCGGAAGUGUUUCCCCCGAGCUGCCACUGUUUGUGUCGUUGCUUCACUUGCACUUUUCUGCUGUUUAUGUAUAUCCUGCAGGGACUUGUCAACUCUCAAUAGGAUCGUGUAGAGCGGUUUUACACGCGUGAAUUAUGCGAGCGGCUUGAAAAGAGAACUGAGUCUCUUUGAGUCAUCUAUAUGGGCCAUCUUCUCUCUAAAAAUGGUUACCGCCUGAAGAAAAGAACCACCAAGCAACAUCACAGAAAGAAGAAGAAGAGGAAUUGCUUCCUGCAGGGGCCCUGCAUGCUGUGCUUCAUCAUCCACGGCAACGGAAACAGCGUUGACGACGACAGCUACCACCUUGAAACCGCCAUCAACGGCAGCGGCGGACACUGUCUCGGCAACGGUGGUAUCAGCGUCCCGUACGUCGGGGGGGUUGACAUCAGCGCGGCUGCUGCCUCGAAGCUCGCUGGGCGCUACGCAGUACUAGCGUCCCCCGAGGACUGCGCCAAGUUCCUGUUGUCGCCCCGGGACCUGGCUAUCUGGGAAGGCCAGGGGAGGUCUCUGCUGUCGACGGUCCCCGCCAAGCUGAUCCCAGGGCCGGCCAUCUUCCGGUCUGCAGGGGUGUCUGUGGCCGUGCCAAUACCUACUGUUGGCAGCACCAGCCACUACACUGAGAUGGUGUGUAAGAGGAAGUGUUCAGAGGUGCAGAGGUGUUCCCCCUGUAAGCAGCCCCGCUGUGCCUUCCCCGGCCCAGACGGAGGGCUGGAGAACGGACUGGGAGUCUCGUCGGGGGGCGGGGAGGCCUCCUCGGACGCUGGAACGGGGCACUGCCACCUCCCCCACUGCCCACUCCCUUCCUCGCCCGCAUGCUCCUCCACCUCUCCCCCGUCCUCUUCCUCCUCCUCACCACCCGAUGGCUGCGGUGGGGUGGCACUCCAUGGCGAUUCAUCCCAGAGCUCCGACUCUGCCUGCUGCCAACACCCUCACGAGGACGGCCACGUCAAGGCGCCAGACGCUGUGGAGGCGCUAAGGAUUAACCAUCUCCCCUCCUCCAUCCUGCUCAAGGUGCUUGCCCACCUGACGGUGAAGGAACGCUGUCUUUGUGCCUCUCUGGUGUGUAAGUACUGGAGGGACCUCUGCCUAGACUUCCAGUUCUGGAAGCAAAUUGACCUCAGUGGCCUGCAGCAGGUGAAUGACGACCUGCUAGUGAAGAUAGCCUCUCGGAGGCAGAACGUGACCGAGAUCAACAUCUCGGACUGUCGGGGCGUCCAGGACCACGGGGUGUGCUCACUGGCGUCCCACUGCCCCGGCCUCCAGAAGUACACCGCCUAUCGCUGCAAGCAGCUGGGAGACCUGUCCCUGUCCGCCCUGGCCUCACAUUGCCCCCUGCUGGUGAAGGUGCAUGUUGGCAACCAAGACAAACUUACCGACGACGCGCUGAAAAAGCUGGGGGAGCAUUGCAGUGAGCUGAAGGAUGUGCACUUGGGCCAGUGUUACAGCAUCACGGACGAGGGCGUGGUGGCUCUGGCCAUGGGUUGCCCCAAGCUGCAGAGAAUCUACAUGCAAGAGAACAAACUGGUGACCGACCGGUCUGUGCAGGCCGUGGCAGAGCACUGUCCGGAGCUGCAGUUUGUGGGCUUCAUGGGCUGCCCCGUGACGUCACAGGGGGUCAUCCACCUCACCGGGCUCCGCAGUCUGAGCAUCCUGGACCUGCGGCACAUCUCGGAGCUCAACAAUGAGACGGUGAUGGAGGUGGUGAGGAAGUGCCACAACCUCAGCUCACUCAACCUCUGCCUCAACUGGAGCAUCAAUGACAGGUGUGUGGAGAUCAUCGCCAAGGAGGGGAGGAGUCUCAAGGAGCUGUAUCUUGUCUCCUGUAAAAUCACAGACCACGCGCUGAUAGCGAUCGGCCAGUACAGCAGCACCAUCGAGACGGUGGACGCCGGCUGGUGCAAAGACAUAACGGACCAGGGCGCCACGCAGAUCGCCCAGAGCAGCAAGUCCCUUCGUUACCUGGGUCUCAUGAGAUGUGACAAGGUGAACGAGGAGACAGUGGAGAGGCUGGUUGUGCAGUACCCUCACAUCGUGUUCAGCACGGUGAUGCAGGACUGCAAGAGAACGCUUGAGAGAGCCUAUCAGAUGGGAUGGAGCCCCAACACAUCCAACGCGUUGUAGCUACUGGAAGAACUAAACACAAACACACCGACACACUC